AUGGUAACACACUCUGCCAUUUAAAAAAAAGAAACAGUCGGCCACGCUUGCUACAGAAAUCGUUUCACGUUUUGGGGAUUAUUUUCCCCUACAAUUUCGUUCAAAUAUUGCUGUAACACUUAAUAAAUAGAAGAAAACACUCCUGUAAUUACUCAAAAUUCACAAUGGCAGAUUUAGACGAUUUCUUCGCAAAGAAAGACCGCAAAAAAUCGAAAGUCAAAAAGUUCGCGACUGCUGACGAAUUAGCUAAAAAAAUGGAAGACAAUAAGCAAAAAGUUGAUGUUCGGCCGAAGAAAGAAAGACCGGCGCAAGAAGGAGAUGAGCCUGGCAGAGCUGGGGAGGAGGAAGAAUGGAAAGAGUACGAGGAGCCAGUAAAAGACUAUACCGGUCUAAAGAUCCAGGUGCUCCAGGGCGGGAACGGAGCGCCCGAGUCCGGCCGGGACCCGGCCAGCGACAGCGCAGCCCCCGACCAGGGGAAACAGAAGGGGCCUUGGAACAAACCUACGGAGGCGGAGCAGCCGCCGCCGCCGCCGCCGGCCGCGGACGAGCGGCCGCGCGAGCCCCGGCCCGCCGCCUACGUGCCGCCCGUGCAGCGCGUGCGCCAGCCCGAGCCUCUGCGCCGCUCCAUGGCGCAGAAACACGCGCCGGACAUCCACAACGACGACUCGUUCCCGGUGCUGGGCGCGGGCGGCAAGCGCGGCGGCUGGAGCGCGGCCGCCGCCGGCGCCCUGCCGUCUGCGCAGCGCCAGCCGCUCGCGCUCGGCAACCGCUUCACCUCGCUACAGGACGACAGCUAGCCAGGUAAAUAAUAAGCAGCUCCGAGAAGCCAACAAGUGAAGUGAAGUGUCAGUAAAGACUUUUAAGCGAAGUCUGACGCAUACAUACACACAAGUAUCAAACCGAACAGUUCCGCUUUACGAGGGCUUGCCAGCUCUAUACAUUUUAAAGUCUAUGGUAAUGUCGCAAUGAUGAAGUAUAAUAAUACUGGAUAAAAAAUAAGAGGCGGUGAAUUUAAAAAUCGAAUAAAAGUAAUAAUCAUUUUAAAAGUAUAAAGUAAAUACUGGCAUUAAAUAAUGACGGCGAAUUCAAAAAUUGAAACGAAUUAGCGAGUAAUGUUUGCCGAAUUAUUAUUAGUAACAUUAGUUUCUAUUACAAAUUUUAUGCGAUCGGUUUUACAGACCCUUUUUUUAUUCGCCGCCAUUUCUCAGCCUAUUUUUCGCUGGCCAGUACUACAUCUGUGUAUUUUAUAUCUCAUGGAUAUAAAUUAUAGUAAGAUGAGAAGAUGGUUCCGUUUUGAAAUUCGGUGAAUGUAGAAAAGAUUAAUGAAACUCUAUAUAAAAUUUCUUUAACUGUGAUUUUUUAUUUAUUUUCUCUAAAUCUUCUUCGCAUUGUAAUUCUAAAUAAUACUUGUAUUUAUGAUUACUGCACCACAAAUUUAAAUUGUACUAUCAAAUUUAUUGUUUGUCAUCUCUAUUCACGGAGUUACAGAACAGAAUUACGAAAUAAAAUAUGUUGCCUUAUUUUUAAGGUAGAAUUUUAAACACAAAUUUGCCCCAAAACUUCACAACAUUGGGUAUAAAUAAAAGUUUGGCCCAAUCAAAAUUACCAAUAAGAGUGGCUUCAUAUAUUUUUAAACGUCGCUUCUAUGCUUGUGAAGCUCUGUGGCAAGUUUUUUAUAAUAGGUCUAUUUGAAAAUAACCAAACUCGUUUUCGAAUAUAAUCAUAGCUUCUUAUUUACUAGGAAAAUAUGCCGAAUCAAAAAUUAAAAUAUAAAAUUAUGUAAUAUAUUAAAGUAUUUCUACAUUAAAAAUUAUAAAUAAGGGGCUUUGAGUAUAUAAAGGAAAAAAAUUAAACGACUACCGUAGACUUUAAAAUCUCUGAGACACGGUGAAAGAAUAUCAAGUCCUAAUUUUAUAAGUGGGUGGGCAGUUGCUGUACUAGACAUAGAUAUAUGGUUCGAUGUCAAUAUACAAUCUAAUUUUCAUUAAUUUUUUUAUGGCCGAGUUUUUUUAUUUCUACUUUAGUAGCAACAACUGACAAUAAAAAUGCCUGGUUUCGAUGCGUAUUUACAGUGUUUUGAAUGAUCAAAUCAAAUUGUAAUUAAUUUUGAAAUUUCUAAUAAAAAUAGCAAUAAUAUGGCAACUGUCUAAAAAAAGUGUAAAACAAAAUAAAGUGUUAACUAUCAUAAUUGUUAUUUUUUAUGUUUGUAUUAAAAAUGGAUAAAAUGCCGUGGUGUGCGGGACGGGGUUGCCAUAUGAAAAUGAGCUGAUUAGAAAACUAUUGUAAAAAUGUACUCAAAUCUAAAAUAUAAAUUGUUAUGUGGCAACCCCACAAUGAAUUAUGAGUCAAGCGUGAAUUUCUUAACGUCGGCUGAGUUUGGUCAUCUGUACAAUAUUGCUGUUAUGUACCGUCUCUUUGGCAACACUGUAACAUAGUAAUAAAUUAUGUAUUUAAACUGGA